GCAAUUGGAUGUAUUAAGACAAUGGUGAACAAACCAUGUAGUUCUCAUAAGUAUUGUGCUGAACAGUUGCAAAAUUAUAACAGGCAUCCUGUGAAAGCAGCAGCAUGUACAUAUUCAGCUAAGGAUUGCGAGCUCUUGAACAGCAUUAAAAAUUCAAACAGAUCUCGCAGCCCAUCACCACCUCCACUAUCACCUGUAAAUUGUAAAGAAUUUGAAUCAUCAGAAGGCUCAGUUAUAGAUUUUCCAACUUUAGACAAUAACAAGCUUGAAAUAUUCAUCAACCAGCCUCCGUCCCUCUUGCCAGCUGAAGGAAGCAAAGGAGAAUUUGAAUAUGAAGGUAAAACCUGCAGAGGAAAAGAGACUGAAUAUUCAGAUGGAAUGAUACUAUCUACAGACCACGGAAGCAACAAUUAUUAUAUAAACUCUGAGAAGGCUGAGAAAGGUGAACACUCAGCCAUUUUUCAAGAUUUAAUGGACCGUAUUAAUGAAAAGUUAAAAUCAAUAGACACUACAGAUAUAGCAACAAAUCUUGUAAAACUUUCUAGCAGUGACAGGGCACCAGAAAAUGAUGUCAAAUUAGGAGACUUCAUAACCUCUCUUUUGCGUAAUGCUAAGGCAAGUGACUACAGCUUUAUGGAAUUACUUCGUCAACACGAUAAACAAAUGGAAAAUAAAAUUAUCCAAACAAGAUUUCGCAAGCGUCAGGAAACUUUAUUUGCAACAUAUAAUUCUCCUGAUUCACCAUUCAUUCGACGACAGUCUUUGCAAAUCAAGAGGGAGCUUACCAGCUCUGGCUUUCUCGUUCUUUCAGAAGACAGUGCUAUUGCAGCCAGCCAGCCAAAACUCGCAAAGACACAUGGAGAUUGUGCAGCUUCUGGAGAGACUGAUCAGAUUCCUCUAAAAGAUGAAAGUAAUGGAAUCUUGGGCAGAACUAAACGUAACAUUGUGCCUCCUGGGUGGUACUCUGUGUAUGUAACAAACAAUGUUGUGUUUAGAAAGUCACCUGAUGCAAAAAAGUCUUUAGAAAGUUCAGAAAAAAUAAAAAUAAAUAAAGAUGUUCAUGCCGAAGGAUGCAGUGACAUAAAUAUAAGCAAAAUUAUGAGAGACGCAAAUCUGCAAGUUGUUGUAGAACGUUUAGAAGAUACAAUAAACUUAGCCAGAAAGACUAACAACUCUCUGCUGGAUGGUUACAAAAUCAGCCAAAAAUUAAAAGAUAAUACUUAUGAACAGGUUAUGAACCCAGCUGCCAGAAGAGGCUUACCUUUCACUCUGAGUGAAACAGGAUGCACAGGGCAAAGCUUCCUUCCACAUUCACAUGUGCCAAGCAGCAGUAAAACCAAAACUGUGUGUGUUACAACAAAUAAACAAGAAAUGGUUAUAGAUCAAGAAAUUAAUGAUGACCUUUUGAAAUCUUUGACCUUUGAUACAUCCAGUUCAACUUCCAAUAAUGGAGACUUGCAUACAGCUCCUGAAGCUGGGGAGAUCUCAUGUCCCUUGAACUACACUAGUCCUAUUAAGCUUAUGUUUGUCUCAGAGGUUAAUAGUAGUGAAGGAGUCAAAUACACUUUGACAUCUGCAGGUGCAUCUUCUAAAGGAAGCACAGAUACUUGUUUGUUUCAGGGGCAUGCAAACACUUUGUUAGACAAACAGGCCAUGGGAGAUCUUUCUCAUGCAAUCUGUGUCAAGGAUUGUGAUUACAGUGAAAAUGAUACCAAGGAAGAGUCAAGUUGUGCUGAAGCAGUUAAAAGCUCUUGUCCAGUUGGUCAAACUAACUUAAAUGAUUUGAAACAAAAUGACGAUGUUGUGGAUAAAUCAAGCAGUAGCAGUGAAUUGGUUUUAAAAAGAAAACCCGGUAGACCAAAGAAAUUAGGUCCUCAAGUUGUUAAACAGGUUAAGAGGCCUAUUGGACGGCCUCCAAAACCAAAAAUAGAUGUGGCUGAAAGCACAGAACGUAGACCUGAACUUAGCAGUGAUGGUAGAAGUACCAAAUCUGAUGCAGCAGUAAUGGAAGAAGUUAACAGCAACAAAAAUAUUAUUGUGACAGUUGUUUUUGGAAGGUCAAGAAGAACUAAGAGACAUGUUUCUGAAGGUAAUCUAAAUGUAUUCAGCAUUCUGCCCACACAAUGCAUCGAUUCUAAUUUUGCCAAUGACCACAGUAAAGCAAGACGCAAUGCAGAAACUGAAAAUGCUUUGGCUGAAAUAGUAAAGGCCUUACAGAAUUCUUCUGCUGAAAGUGAGGUCUCUGGUUAUGACUAUGUAAGACCUAUCAAGAGUAACCUAGCAUCACCACAUCCUUGCAGCAAUAUUAUACGACCAAUUAAGAAACCGUUAACCACCAUUCGAAAACCUGGUAGGCCAGCAAAAGUAAAAAUCUCUGGCAUUUCCGUGACUGUUAAUAGAGUUUCACCUCAGGAAAGAAAAGUGAGUAUCAGCAACUGUUUGCCUCCUUUACAACUGAAUGUGUUAGAAAAAAACAUGUCACAGGAGAGAAAAAGUCAGGUGUGCAAUAGUAUGAGUCAAGUAAAGAGCACGCAGAAAGAUUCUAGAGAGGAUGGAACAAACAAUAUUACAACAGCAUCAAGAAAACGUGACAUUCCAUUGAGACAUUCUGCUAGAGACAGAAAAGCCUCACUGCAUUUUUUACAUUCAUUAGCAUCUUCUAGUGCAUUUACCUGUAGAAGUGCCUUACUACAUAAAUCUUACAGACUCCAUUUGAAAAAAGCGCAAGAUCGAAAGGAAAAACAUAGGCAAUCGAAUCAGAGCACAGCAUCCAAAGAUACCUCAGAACUGAGAAAUUCAGGAAAUGCAAAAAAGGAUCUUAAGGAUGGUGCAUUUGGGCCAAUUAAUGAAGUAUCAUCUGAUGCCAUUUUUAGUUCGAAUCCCUCUCUCAGGUGGUGGGCUACUUCCACUUCAAAUGACACUUUGUUGGAAGAACUGAAUAAUAGAUUUGAACAGAUAACUAAUAGCUGGUUGCGAGUGGGGGGAAAUGAGUUUGAUAAAUGUGUAUGUGAAAAAAGGGAUCCCAUUGAACAAGACUGUAAUACUGAAAUGUCAAACCCUUUAGACUCCUGCCUUGUAGAGUUUGAAACAUCACCUAUAAAAAUGCUUUUUCAGAAAAAGUGUAAUAUGAAUGAACUCUGCACCUGGUUUAUGCAAACUACGGAAACACAGUCUCUCUCUCUAGUGAGAAAGGCAAAUGCUCGCAAUCCUUUAGAAGUUGUUAGUACUAAAGAGAUAAAGAUGGAAACUAAACAAUCUGAUCUUAGUACUUGCCCUUUCAGAAAGCACUUUAAAAAGUUUGCACUAUCCUCUCCUUCAAAACCAGCAGGGAAAUUGCAAAUCUUACAUAACAUAGUAAGGUCUCCAGUCUUAGGUAUGAAAAGUAAUUUCUCGUUAGCCAGAUUUAAAAGAAAUGAAUUUAAGAAGUUACAGUGUGACAGGUGGGGGCAAACGAAAAAGCUCUAUAAUCAGGCUCCUGGAGGCUGGAAAUCAAAAAAGAAAAAUUUACAGUUCUUUUGCCAAAGCCAGUUGUUUAAAAGUACAGGUGAGGAAACCAGUGACGAAAUACCCAAGCUCCAGGAAAUCAGUACAGUAGAAAUCCAGCCCACUCAGACUUUGCUAGAAUCUCAGAGUAGCCUCUUGCCAACUGAAAAUGAUGCCAGAGAUGCAUUUGUUCAACAGAUGAUGGGAUCUUCUGACUUUAACCCACAUCCUGGUUUAGCAAAUGUACUUAAGUCACAUGCAGAGACAAAUGGAACAAUUCGUUGCCAACAAAACAUUAGAAAAGAGCAAAGCCAAGAUAAACUGUUUCAAAAUACUUGGAAAGCCAGAACCUUUAAAGAUUGUAGAAUAUUUCUGAGAAAAAUCAACCAUAUUGAGCAGCACAGUUCAUUUAAUUUAAAUGUCAUUUGUUCUCCUGAAGCAGUUGAAAGUAAAAGCAAUCAGGUCUAUAUGGAAGAAAAAAGACAUCCUCUCUUAAGAUCCCAUUCUACUAAGCAAAAUGCAUUAAAGAAACAAGAAAAUGAAAUGGAAACAUCUAAAGGAUCUAAUUCUUCUAAAGUGACUGAAAGGCUGGAUCACAGCAGAAAAUUAAGUAGUGCUGUAAACCAUGAUGAUAAUCCUGCUGGUAGUUCUGGAGUUCUUAUCAGAAUAAACAAAAGAAAAAAUCCACAAUGGGAGACCACUGAUACAAAUAUAAGAAAAAGGCAUAAGAGACAAUCAUGCAGUAGUGGACAAAUGGCAGCUUAUUACCCAAAGUACCAAGUAGGUGAUGGAGGAUAG